AUACCACAAACUCCCACAGAAUUCAUUUCACCUACGAUACAGGACGGUUUUUGCAGUCUCUCUCUCUCUCUCUCCUCCCCAAAGGAAAAUCUGCGGAAUCUCUCUCUCUCUCUCUCCAAACAUAAAUCAGAAGAGCUGGAAAAGUUCUCGAACCCAAUAAGAGUAUGAUCACUCCGGCUGCUUACUAUGAUGCCAAGGCCACCUCUCAUCACAACAAGAUUCAAAAGCAAAUAUUUAAGUCCAAUUCAGAAAUGAAUAGUGAUUUAGCAAGUUUCUGAGAGCAAGUUGUUUCUAAUAUACUGCAUUAGUGCACUAACUUCCCUGGCUAAACAACCUCUCAGUAUUUAGAUGCAAGCAUCCCAGGAAUAUCAAAGUUCUGGAGGAAUCCACAGGUUGUACCACCACCCUAUGCAGCCGGUUGAACCAUACUGUUUCUCUUCUUUUCAAAUUUUGGACGACGAUAUUUCCACUGAUAAUGUUAGCCCAAGUUUUGCUCAAGCAACACAAGUUGGUGAUGAACAGUACUACACGCUGGAUUCAUCUCCAGCAACCAGUUACACUGUCUGUGGUACCCCCUCUGCUUUUAGCAUCUCGUCUAACUUGACUCCUUUUUCUCCACAAGGCUCUCAGUCAUACCUGACAGAUCAACAUCAUUCCUAUGACAACACUUAUGGAUCCCCUCUUAGUGGGUCUUCCAUUGUGGAUGAAGGUAGUGAGCUCAAACAAAUGCUGAGAGUUUUGGAGCAUCAGUUGCUGGGGCCCGAAUCUGAUAUCGAUGACAGCUGCAGUCAGAUAACAACGGAAACACUCCCCAGGUUAGAUUUGAGGCAAGCUCUCAUUUCCUGUGCAGAAGCAGUCGGCGAUGAAGAUUUCCUAACUGCGGAAAGAUUUAUCAAUGUUUUAGAACGCAUGGUUUCAGUAUCUGGGGAACCAAUCCAACGGUUGGGUGCAUACAUGUUGGAGGCGCUUAGAGCCAGGUUCUUUCUCACCGGGAGCUGUAUCUACAAAAAACUGAAGUGCAAAGAACCAACCAGCUCAGAACUGAUGUCCUACAUGCAUGUCCUUUAUCAGAUCUGUCCUUACUACAAGUUUGCCUACAACUCUGCCAAUGUCGUCAUUUGGGAAGCUAUGCAGAACGAAAACAGAAUCCACAUAAUCGAUUUCCAAAUUGCACAGGGCAGCCAGUGGGUGUCACUCAUUGAGGUUCUUGCGAAGCGUCCCGGUGGGGCCCCACAGGUCCGCAUAACCGGUGUUGAUGAUUCCCAGUCGGCUCACGCUCGGAGCGGAGGACUCGAGCUUGUGGGGAAGAGGCUAUCUAAAGUUGCUGAACAAUGUGGGGUCCAAUUUGAAUUCCAUGGUGCAGGUAUUUCCGGAUGUGAGGUCAAUCUAGAGAAUCUUAUGCUUCGACCUGGAGAAGCAGUGGCUGUGAAUUUCCCUUACAUGUUGCACCACAUGCCAGAUGAAAGUGUGACCACUACGAAUCAUAGAGACCGGUUAUUAAGGCUGGUCAAGAGCUUGUCACCAAAGGUUGUGAUCCUAGUUGAGCAAGAAUCCAACACUAACACUGCCUCAUUCUUUCCACGGUUCAAAGAGACCUUGGAGUACUAUACAGCUAUGUUUGAAUCGAUUGAUGCAGGUCGCCCAAGGGAUGACAAGCAGCGGAUGAGUGCAGAGGAGCACUGUGUGGCUAGGGAUAUUGUCAACAUAAUAGCGUGCGAGGGACCUGAGAGGGUGGAAAGGCAUGAGCUUUUCGGAAAGUGGAGGGCGAGACUUGUGAUGGCUGGGUUCAGUCAGUGUCCAUUGAGUCCUUCGGUGAGCAUGGCGAUUAUGGAUGUUUUGAAGGACUAUAGCAAGAAUUACAGACUCCAAGAGAGAGAAGGGGCUCUUCAUCUUUUCUGGAAUAACAGGGUUUUGGUAACCUCUUCUGCUUGGAGGUGAAGAUGAAAACAAUUUUGGGGGUUGCUGCAUAAUGCCUGUAAAUUUUGUCGUCUAGGUUGUUUUUACUAUGUGGGAGUGGUAUUCCAAUUUGUGUUGCAGCCCAGAAGAGCUCUGUUUUAGUAAACUUCAUUGUUGUGCGUUCCAGAGCUCAGACUGUAGCCUUUAGAAAUUGUUGUACAUGCUUCCGCCUAGGAUGAAAUUUGUGAGCUGUGGUUUAGAUUACGUCCCACUGUUGUGUAUUUCUAAUGUCAUUCAAAAAAUUGAGCGAAAUCAUUCGAGUAGUCAUUCAGAACAUGUUGACAAGGGAUUGAUUUUAUGCU